AUGUUUGUGGGCUUGCCUUGGGCUCCCGCGCGCGCGCUGUCGCUGUCGCUGCCGCAGAGGCGGAGGUUGAGAUUGAGCGUGGCUUUGCGUGCGCAGCCGAUGCCGGCGCCCACGCCCAUCCAGCGCAAGAAGAGCCUGCCGGACGUGCAGGGGCUGCCGCACGCGGUGGAGGCCAUGUCGCGCGAGGAGGUGUCCAUCCUGAGCUCCGCGCGCCGCGAGGAGGUGCGCCGCAUCCAGGAGGAGUCGGAGCGGCUGCGCGCCAACCCCCUGCUCUACCUCGUCAGCCCGCAAGUGCGAUGUACAAUUGCGAGAAUGGUUUUCACGUCAGCAGCUGGUGCUAGUGGUGCUCUUCAUCAACAUCUCCUUGGCCAUCAUGUUCUUCAAGUUACUGACGUAGUACUCAGCGGCCCUGUCAUCCCCGCUAUUGUUACUGCUACUAUUACUACAACAACAACUACCAUCACCACGACCAACACGACUACCACCACCAUUACCACCACAACAUCUACCACCAAUACAAGUACCACCACAAGUAGUGCCAGCGGCGGCGCCCCAGGCGCGGGCCAGUGCGCGCAGGCCGUCGAGUGGCCGCCGCCGCCGCCGCCGCCGCCGCCGCGCCGCUCCCGGCGAGCCCGACCUCUUCGCCCCCAUCGCCCGUCCGCCCGCCGCCCAGCCGCCGCCGCCAGCGCCGCCGCCGCCGCCGCCGCCCUGUCGCGCAAAAUACGCUUCUCCGUCGUGAAACAUGCGUCUUCUGUUGUUAUUACACCGUCUUGUAAAUCUGCUGCAUAUUUUUACGCCAAGAGACUUGGGGAGGGCAAGGGUGCCGUGCUGGUGGCGCGCACGGCUCUCUCCGCCAGCAAGAGGAUGGAACGUGUUGAACUUUGUCGAGCAUAUCAUUGA